UUACAGCUGUUCAAAUCAAUCAUGAUAAAAACUAUGCAUUUGUUGAAUUUCAUGCACCUGAAGAAGCUACAGCUGCAAUGGCAUUUGAUGGAAUUACAUUUCAAGGCCAAUCAUUAAAGAUUCGUCGACCAAAAGAUUAUCAACCUCUACCUGGACAAAAUCUUGAGCCACCACCAAUACAUGUGCCAGGAGUUGUAUCUACAAAUGUACCUGAUAGCCCAAAUAAAAUUUUUAUUGGUGGUCUACCAACCUAUUUAAAUGAUGAACAAGUUAUGGAGCUUUUAAAAUCUUUUGGAGAAUUGAGAGCUUUUAAUUUAGUCAAAGAUAUUUUAUCAGGUGUUUCCAAGGGUUUUGCAUUUUGUGAAUAUCUUGAUCCGAGCGUGACAGAUUUAGCUUGUCAAGGUUUAAACAAUAUGGAGCUUAGUGAUCGUAAAUUAGUAGUCCAAAGAGCUAGUAUUGGAUCAGCUAAGAACUUGGGCAUGGCAGUAGUUCUGUCAUCUUCGGUUCUUAUUCCAGCUGGAAGUGGAGAAAUGCAACCAACUACUGUUCUUCAACUUCUUAAUAUGGUUACUUCUGAGGAAUUAGUAGAUGAUGAAGAAUAUGAGGUUGAGGAUGUUAGAGAAGAAUGUUCUAAAUUUGGUUGCAUCAUUGAUAUGAAAAUUCCUAGACCAGGUCAAUCAACUACUGGUGUUGGCAAGAUUUUUGUAAGAUUCGAUUCUGCAGAGGCAGCUGGUAUAGCACUUCGAGCACUUGCAGGAAGAAA